GCUCUCCGUGGGUUCUCCGCUGAGGUGGGAUUGAGAGCGGAGCGCAGCGCGCAUGCGCAGAGGAGAGAGGUAUGGUUGAAAACUCGCAGUCCAUCGCGCUGAGCAGAAGAGGAGCAGCACAACUAAAUGUGACUUAUCUGAGCAGCAUCAUCACAUCUGCGCCUCCGGGAGACAAAGAAGAGACGAACUCUGAAGGAGCAAACAACGCGAUCAGAGCCUCCCGGAGUGAUGUGAUAUCAUCAUUAUUAUUAUAUCUCUCGACGUGACGACUGUUUGUCUGCCUCUAAUGUUUCCAACCCACUGAGACCAGGGGGAUUUAUUCCUUCUUUUGUUCUUUGCUUUUUUUAGUGACUAUAAAUAAAAACAGCCAAAACGAAUAAAUACGGGUCAUUAUGGUUUUGUUAACACUGCAUACUAGAAGAGGGUUGAAUUGCUUGUGCGCGCAGUUCUUGCUGUGGAUUUUAUGUGCUGUGGACGGUGAGGAGCAGCAAUUCAGUGUGGAGACUUGGCUGCAGCGGUAUGGCUACCUCCCUCCCACAGACCCCAGAAUGUCCGUCCUGCGGUCAGAACAGACCAUGCAGUCUGCUAUCGCUGCCAUGCAGCGUCUCUACGGCCUUAACGUCACCGGUGAACUGGAUAAGAACACCAUUGAUGAUAUCACCAUAAGCUGGAUGAAGAAGCCACGAUGUGGGGUGCCAGACCAGUUCGGCGGUGCCUCGAAAUUUAGCGUCCGAAAAAGACGUUAUGCCCUCACAGGGCAGAAGUGGCAACAUAAACAUAUCACAUACAGUAUAAAAAACGUCACUCCUAAGGUGGGAGCGGAGGAGACCCACAAUGCCAUUCGCCGGGCGUUCGAUGUGUGGCAGAAUGUCACGCCGCUGCGUUUCGAGGCAGUGCCCUACAGCGACCUGGAGCGCAACAAGAAAGAUGUGGAUAUUACUAUCAUUUUUGCCUCAGGUUUCCAUGGCGAUAGCUCCCCCUUCGAUGGAGAAGGGGGUUUUCUUGCGCAUGCCUACUUCCCCGGUCCGGGGAUCGGAGGAGACACACACUUCGAUUCGGAUGAGCCUUGGACUCUGGGGAACCCUAACCAUGAUGGGAACGAUCUCUUCCUGGUGGCAGUACAUGAGCUGGGUCACGCGCUAGGCCUGGAGCACUCCAAUGACCCAACUGCCAUCAUGGCCCCCUUCUACCAGUACAUGGACACAGAGAACUUCAGACUGCCACAUGACGAUCUGCAGGGCAUCCAGAAGAUCUACGGACCUCCAGAUAAACUUCCCCAGCCCACGAGACCCCUACCAACAAUCCCACCAGCCCGCUCGCACCCUCCCGCAGAUCCACGCAAAAACGACAGGCAGACGCGACCCCCACGAAUACCGACCGGCGACAAACCAAUGCACCCCAACGCCAAGCCAGACAUCUGUGACGGCGACUUCAACACGCUAGCCAUCCUCAGGAGAGAGAUGUUUGUCUUCAAGGACCACUGGUUUUGGAGGGUCAGAGAUAAUACUGUGAUGCCCGGUUACCCCAUGCUCAUUAACGUCUUCUGGAGAGGUCUGCCACCCAAGAUCGACGCCGUCUAUGAAAACAGCAAGGGCAAAUUUGUGUUCUUCAAAGGCAAGCAGUUCUGGGUGUUCAAGGACACAAUGCUACAGCCUGGUUACCCGCAGGACAUCUCAAUGUUUGGAAACGGCAUGCCAGCACAGAGUAUAGAGACAGCCGUCUGGUGGGAGGACGUGGCCAAGACCUACUUCUUCAAAGGAGAUAGGUAUUGGAGAUAUAACGAAGACUUGAAAAUGAUAGAUCCUGGUUAUCCCAAGUCCAUCACUGUAUGGAAGGGUGUUCCAGAUUCUCCGCAAGGAGCGUUUGUGGACAAAGCUAACGGUUUCACUUACUUCUACAAGGACAAAGAGUACUGGAAGUUCAACAACCACAGGCUGCGGGUGGAGCCCGGCUACCCUCGCUCCAUCCUCAAAGACUUCAUGGGAUGCGACCUCACGCCCAUCGACCCCGACAUGCAGCCUACGGAGGACGAGGACGUGGUGAUUAAACUGGACAAUGAAGCCAGCACGGUCAAAGCCAUUGCCAUCGUCAUUCCCUGCGUCCUGGCGCUCUGCCUGCUGGUGUUGAUCUACACCGUCUUUCAGUUCAAGAGGAAGGGGACGCCCCGACACAUACUGUACUGCAAACGCUCCAUGCAGGAGUGGGUGUGAGUCACACGGCCACAAGACACGGUGGCGUAAACAUCCUAAACUUGCGAAUUUUGGCUCUCGACCUGCAUCUCGCUCAAGGAGAACAGAGGGGGCCUUUGCUUUGAUUCCCCCCUCCAGGAGACGAGGGGCGCAUUUCCUUCCAAAACUCCCUUCUCUUGUCCCAUUGGCCCCAGUGCACCCGCUGUAGGACUUGCGGGAUUGCAAGGAUCCCAUGGUGCAUUGCACCGUCCAGUGCCACCAUUUGUCAUGGAAAUGGCUGAUUGCUAUACCUUUAGGUUUUACAAGUGCACGCCGAAAACAUGAAAAAAUUAACGAAAAUACCGCAGGAGUCGCGUUUUCUUUUACUUUGCGAAUUUUAGCUUGACUCCGAUCUAUUUAUUUUUCAACUGAAAUAUUUACGAUUCCCUUUAAAGCAUCCCAAACCAAAUAAAGACUCCAAAGAGGAUCUUUUUCUUCUUUUUACGAUUUUAUUAUUAUUAUUAUUAUUAUUCCCUCCCUGCUCUAAAUAUUUUGCAGUGAUAUGUAGUGGGGGAAGUUUUGACUGUUGUGGCAGUCUGUCUCAAAAACAGGGGCCAAAAUAUUCUGCAAUAUUUUUAAUAGCCUUAAUUAUGGAUUGCGUUGUUGCUUUAGUUUUUUGCUUAUUCGUUUGUUUUUGAGCACCGCUUCGUUUGUCCUGUCAGAUCGGCAGUGCAGUAUUGCUUUGCUCCCUUUGAGAUCAGUUUGAGACCUCAUUUUUGCCAGGGGCCACACUGGAAUGGGGCAGGACUCCUUAAACCUCUGCCUAACAUAUCAGUCAAAACAGAGGGAAGACCAAGCCACUGCAACGACGAAUACUUUAUCGCGUUUUUUCCGUCUGACGGUAGAUUUGCAACGCAAAGGAAGUGCUUGAACCGUUUAUCGUGCUUAACGCUCACGUUUGGUCGUGUUUACACAGACAGAGAUCUGAGAAUUUGUUUCUUCCCUUUUUCCGAAAGGUUGCUGAGACAGAGCAUGUCAUCUCCUUCGGACUGCCUUGUUUUUAGGUCUGGAUGGGAUUCGAGAACCUUGUUGUUUGAACCAGAACCACCAGAGCAACUCAGGACAGCGCUUGAUUCAAAGUGUAUGCAAGCCUUCACAUCCAGUCCUGUGUCUUUACUAUCAACCGAGAAGAAAAUCAAGGAUAUAUCAUGUAACGUUUCAUCUUUGCUUCUGAUCGAAAGUUUCUGCGAAUGGAUCGGACGUUUUCUUUGUUUUUGUUUUUUUUGUUUUUUACAGAGUCAGAACUUUCGGUUCAGUUCUUGUCUUGCAGUCUGACUCUGCAUUAGCAUUUUUUUACGAUACUUUUUCUUUCUAUAUUUUUUUGGUACAUUUGAAAUCAAAUGGUCUCAACCUCAACUUUAAAGUGGUACUUAAAGUGCUAAGCUGUCAUCCGGCACGUUUCUUUAGAUGCGAGAAAAGAACAUACAUGAUAUAAAAAAAAACAUAAGCGUGUUUCUGGCAAGCGAUGUUUGAAUGUGUGUCUGUAUUGAAGUUAGAUUUUUUUCUUUUUUCCAUUUUCAUUGUUUUAAGAAAAAAAAAUGAAAAAAAAUGGGAUAUUCUUCAAAUUCAUGUACUUCAUGACUUCGUUUGGGACAAAUUGUCCUGACAGACUUAAUAAAUUAAUCAGUAUAUGAUUAAAAUGCCUUUUAGCGCUUUGUUCACAUUUAUGAUACACAUACUGCAUUCAGUCUGGAAAAACAUAUAAACAUCUACUCUUUCAACUAACACAAAUACUAUGGUAAUAGCAUAGUAUUUUAUUUUGGUACUCAUUUAGUACCACACAAUAUCAAGACACUCAAAAUACUCAAAACACUAUGGUAUUACCAUGGUACUGCCACAGUACUUUUCUGCCUUUCUUUCACUUCCAAAAUGUACCAUGCUACAGUACAGGACAUUUUAUCAUAGUAAGGUAUUUGAAAAUGGUACCAUGGUACUAUGGUAUUUUGGACAUUGUACCAUGAUACUAUUAUGUUAUUUACUAUGGUAUUUUGAAUAUUUUAACAUGAUACUAUCAUGUUAUUUACUAUGGUAUUUUGGACAUUUUACCAUGGUACAAAUACCAUGGUGUUCUGAACAUGAAACUGGGGUAUUAUGGUAUUUUGGACAUUUUGCUGUGACAUUUGAACAUAAUACCAUGAUACUACUAUGGUAUUUUGAACAUGGAACCAUGGAACUAUAAAAUCUACUAUGGUAUUUUUCACAUUUUACCAUGGCAUUUGAUCAUAGUACCAUGAUACUACUAUGGCAUUUACUAUAGUAUUCUGGACAUUUUACCAUUGCAAUGGUAAAUUGAAAAUGUACCAUAGCACUUCCUACGUAUUUUACACAUUUUACCAUGGUAUUGCCAUGAUUUUUUAUACAUGGUAUCAUUAUACCAUACUACUACUAUGGUAUUUUUAACACCUAUCAUGGUAUUACCAUAGUGUUUUUGACUUUUUAUCAUGGUAUUCUGAUAAUGUAGCACUGUAUUAAGGACAUGUACCCCAUUCUUGGAAAUACCAUGUAACUACAAUGACACAUGAGUUCAAAUUCCAUGAUAUACCUCAAAAGUACCAUAGUAUUUCCAUCUGAUGUACCACAUAGAGUACAUUUUGUAAGUGUUCUAUCCUCUCUCUUUCUCAAUGUGUAUAUGCGUGUAUGUGUGCAUUCUCAUCAGUGCAUCUGAACGUUUCCCAGAAUCCCAGCCGAUCAAACAUAAGUCAGUUUGAACAGUUGAGAGGAAACGGCAACCAUUAAAUAAUCCAGAAAACCAAGUAUCAUAAAGGUGGUGUGUAUCCUGUGGUUAUAUUUAGCUAGUAUGAUAAGAAUCAGAGCAUAAAAUAUGAGACAGAGGUGGGCAGAGGCAUUUAGAACUCGCCAAGUGCAAAAGUAAACAGAGACAGCCGCGGCCCCGUGUGCAUUCUGAUUGGCCUUCGGUGCGCUGGCAUGGCGGAUGAGGUCAGGUCAGCCAUCCAACUGCCAUCUAUGUUCCAAUUCAAAUCUAGCUCAGCAAAAUGACUGCGGCCAUCGUUACUGCAAGCAUAACAGCUGAGAUGAGAGAUUAAAGCUGUAAAUGACCCGAAUUACUGUCUGUGACUGUUUCUUAAACAUGAAUCACUCUAAACCAACCAGCAAUGUUGAUAAUAGGGAUGUGUGAAACUACAUAUUUUCAAAUUCAAGUACGAGGUGGGUCGACUGAAUGACUAGUCAACUAGUUAAGAUUAAAUAUAAGGCCAAAAAUAUCCGAUUGCAUGUACACUAUUAUUCAGAAGUCUUGGGUUGGUAAGACUUCUUUGUGAUGGUUAUGAAAGAAGACCAAGGCAUACAAAUACAGUGAAAACUCUAAUAUUUUGAAAUAUUACUACAUUUUAAAAUAAUUGUUUUCUAUUUAAGCAUAGUAAAACAUUUGUGACAUUAAGUCUUUAUAGUCACUUUUGAUCAAAUUGAUAUGGAAGCCAGGAUCUGCAACAGAAUAAAAAAAAAUAUAUAUAAAAGUAAUUUCUCUGAAAAGUUUGAAUUGUGAGAUAAAAUGUCACAAUGACAUUAAAAAAAUAAUAAUCUGUGGUGAAAUAAAAGAAAGAAAAGUUUGCAUGAAAAAAAAGUUUUAAUGUAAAUGUAGCAUUCUGAGAAAAAAAAACUGAAUUGAGAUUUUAUUGAGUGAACUGAGUGAGAUUUAAACUCAAAAUUGAGAGAGAAAAAAAUGAAUUAUAAGUUUAUAUUUCACAAUUUAGUCUUUUUUUCUCAAAAUUGCAAGAAACAAAGUCCAAGAUAUGGGAUAUAAUCUAAGUUAUAAAAACAGUUGAAUUUUUUUUAUUAUUAUAUAAAAAUAAAUAAAACGGACAAACCCCACACUUUUGAAUGGUCGUGUACUUACAUUUUUAUUUAAGUAGUAAAAUAAUAUAGUCAUCUGACUACAAUUUUCGUAAAAGGGGUGAACUUGUUUUUCGAUGGAAUCAGUGGUGGAAUAAAUGCAAUUUAAGACAAUUCCUCAUAAAGAGCAUUUUAUGCUGAAAAUCUGACAUUAAAAAGAUCAAGCAAAAGCUCAGUGUUUUAAAACAUACACUGUAAAGCUGCGUCUCUAAAUUCAUCCAGUUUAAACUGCAAAAAAAAUACUUAAGAAUAAAAAAGAAAAAAACAUCUGCUAUUUACAUUUUUUUUUUUUUUUUUUGGUUGUCUAUCUGACUAGCUGAUCAUAAACGGACGAGCGUGUGCUUAUUCAUCAAGAAGCGAAUCUGUUGUUGUGUGUGAACAGUGAGUCUCUCUCUGAGCGUUUUCUGUCUAGCCGACAGGACUUGUGGUGCUAACUGGACCUACACUGGUGAGCGUCAUCCUGUAGAUUUUUGGUGCUGUUAUUAGUUUAGACAUUAUGGAUUUACACUUGAUUUGAUGAUGGUUUGUGCAGGAGUAAUGUAUUCACGCUUAUGUUGCACUAGUCGUGAUGGUGCAUGGAUUGGUGUUAAAGGCUCAUGUAUAUUUUCUAUGUGUUCUGUGAAGGCCUUAAGCUUCAGCUAAGUCAGGUGUCAAAGGUUGUGCCGCCCAUUGGCUACAUGUUGGUGCUAGACCCUGAUUCGUGUUUACAGUUUCUGUAACUUUAGCAAAGAUGUGGUUUUCUGUUUGCUUUUGCGACAUGGUAUCAUUUAUUCUCCAGACUAACUUCUCAGUUCCUCCAAAUCAUUAGCAUCUGUGCUAAUCUCAGUCAUCUUCAUUGUCAUGUGCAUCGUCUUUCCAUCCUGAUUAUGUUAAACGAUUCCAAAUGAAGGAAACAAACGAAGUCUGAAAAACGUGUUUAUGCUUUUUCAUUCUGUCUGUAGCCCUGUAUUUGUGAUGUAUCUGUUGACGAUCCAUUUCAUUGAUCAAUAAACUCAUUUGAACAUA